GGACUGUCGGCUGUGGACGCGCAGAAUCAGAGAGGGCCGUGAAAACUGCUCCAGUUCAACUACUUCCUUCACUCAGAUGGCCGGAACGGCUUCAGUAGCAGGUGAAGUGUUCGUAGAUGCUCUGCCGUACUUUGACCAAGGAUACGAUGCAGCCGGAGUCCGAGAAGCGGCUGCAGCCUUGGUGGAGGAGGAGACCAGAAGGUACCGACCCACCAAGAACUACCUGAGCUACUUACCCACACCAGACUUCUCUGCUUUUGAAACUGAAAUAAUGAGGAAUGAAUUUGAGCGUCUGGCGGCUCGUCAGCCCAUGGAUCUGCUGAGCAUGAAGAGGUAUGAGUUGCCGGCGCCCUCGUCAGGGCAGAAGAACGACAUCACGGCGUGGCAGGAGUGUGUGAACAACUCCAUGGCCCAGCUGGAACACCAGGCGGUCCGCAUCGAGAACCUAGAACUCAUGUCCCAGUACGGAACCAAUGCAUGGAAGGUCUACAACGAUAACUUGGCGUUUAUGAUCGAGAUGGCCCAAAAAGAACUGCAGAAGUUCAGGAAACAAAUUCAAGAUUUAAAUUGGCAGCGCAAGAAUGACCAGUUGGCGGGAGGAGCUAAACUGCGAGAGCUGGAGUCCAACUGGGUGUCUCUGGUCAGCAAGAACUACGAGAUCGAAAGAGCCAUCGUCCAACUGGAGAACGAAGUGGGUCAGCUCCGACAGCAGCAGGGCGACGAGAACAAGGAGAACAUCCGACAAGACUUCUAGAGAACAUUGAGGUUCUGUUAUUCACAUGUAAUUUGACAUUUGAAGUUUCGUGUAAACAACAUUUUCCGUUUUUCUGGUGAUUCUUUGGACGUGUAAACGGCAUAUUCUGAAAAUCUCACGUGCAGGUUCUACUGCAGGUUCUGACCCACGAGCAUCAAGGUCCUGUUUAUACUGAUGGAGAAACACGUGAUGACAGAACACCAACAGUUUAUUUCAGCUAAAAUGUCCUUAGGGGGUCAAAUGAGUGUCCAUUUUUGUCAAAAACAGUUGUUGAUUGAUUUAAUAUGAACAAAGACACACAGAAGAGCUCUGAGCACAUUUGAGCUGGUAGACGUUCGUUCAUUUUCAGUAACCGUGGAAACUGAUCAUUAGGAAGUGUGUGUUUUUCAGAAUGAGGGUCAAACCUGUGGUUGAAGGGUCCAGAUGUCCAGAUGUCCAUGGUUGGACCUGACCCUAGAGGACACACUAUUCAGAUUUUAAACCUAACUUUACUUGGGACUUUUUUUUUAAAUUUUUUUAAAUCUGUCUCAUUCAUCUGAGUUGGUGACGACACAUUUUUUCUGUGAUUGUGACAAAAUAACAUUGAAUGAAUGAGUGAAGUUUGACUUGAAUGGGUUUUUCAGCCUGUGUUUGAGAGAACUGUGAGUGGAAGAGUGUGUGUAGGAUCCACUGUAAACAGUUUGAUGUCUGUUAAUUUUUUAUGGCUUUUAAAUAAAGUCGACAUUUG